AUGCACAGGGAAGAAUUAACCGCCCGCCCUCUACAGACGGAUUGGAUCCUCGAGUAUGUCAUCACCAUUCUCCUUCCUAGCGCUCCUCAAACAGUAGGCGGGCUCUGCAUGCGAGUUAUUUUUGAUAUUGACUUUGUGAAGGCUGAAGUUCCCGCUGCCACGAGAGCAGCUAUCAUGCUGAAGAGAAAAGACGAAGGGAAGUUCCAGGCUAAUGUCUCGAUCCGGGCAAAGGCGGACUGGAAGACGCAGCUUGAGUGGCUGGUGGGCUCGACAAGAGCAGAUGAUCCCGUCCUGUUCGACCCGAAGUUGAGUCCCACUAGUGACAGUUACGAUGAAAUGGAGCUGAAGAUGGGCGAUAUUGAUCUUAAAGGGCAUCUCGGAAGUCUUGGUAGAAAGCGGAAAGACCAUGGCAUAGAUAUGGGAAGUCGCUUGCUGCUUGUCGCAUUGAGAGUCACAGUGCAAAGAGGGCUAUUACCAGGAUUUCUCUCUCUGCACCAGGAAUGUGCAUUUCUUCACCGGGUCACCUGUAUAGCUAAACGCGGAUAUAAAAUUGACACUGUCUCGGCUUCUGUCAGAGUCAAAAACCUACCAGCAGAGAUCCUCGGAAUGAUAGGGAUGUGCAUUGCCCUGGACAUUGAUGAGGAUUGCGAAAAGGUGCGGAGAUCGACUUUGCUUGCUUUGACCCUGUGCUGUCGAAAAUUUCACAAGAUAUUCGAGCCGAUCCUCUAUUACCAUCUUGACCUGGGCUACGACCAUCCCCUCACCGUUGCUCAUAUCCAUCUUAUUAUUCGUUUCUGGAAGCAUCCCGAGGUGGCAGAUUGGGUUCGCAGCCUCAAACUUUACUGGGAUCAUGACGAACCCAUACCAGUUCAUGACGCCAGUAAUGACGAUUUUGAUGUAUUCUCACCCUUCGUGUCACAGGCAUUAGACAGAAUAAUCACACCAGGCCCAAGGUUUACAGACAUGUGGGAGGAAUUCCGGGAUUGCCUGCUCGAAUUUGAGAUGGAGGCUUGGAUAGCAGUCCUGUUUGUUAGAUUGUCACGCCUGGAACGCAUUGAAUUCGAUCAUCAAGACUCAGUUUUGUUCCAUGAUCUUCUAUAUAAAGCUGCAAAGCGGGAGCAACCUUUUCAUGAAACCGCACCGUUUCCUUUCCUCCGAGAGGUCGUCGCUCACUGCCAAGAUGAAGGUCAAGGAAUUCACGAGGAUUUUCUCACUCCGUUUCUCUAUUUUCCAAAUGUCCAGUCCAUCACAGGCUAUUCGAUCUGGGCUAAUAAAAGCCGUGAGGGCAGAAAGCCUUAUAUCUACUCUUACGAGCCGCCCCUCCCAGUUGGCCCCGUUAGGCAGAUUUCAUUGGACGAUAUUUGGGGAUGUACCGGGAUGCUCGACUGGCUCAAAGUAUGUAAAGAACUAGAGCAUUUCUCAAUCGAAGCCUCACUUCACCCCGAUACAAGGGUGAUUGAAAGACGCUUUGAUACUCGAAAACUUUAUCAGGCUCUUCUUCCAUUCAAAGAUACCCUCAAGUCUCUCAGUGUGACAUAUGAUAAGCAAUACAAUAUUUGUCUUGAGAUGAAUGGGGGAAUAGGGGUUCGUACGGAUAACAUCCCCUUCGAGUCCUUUCGAGAGUUCUCUGUCCUUGAGCAUUUGACCGUUCGACAUGCCCACCUCGUGCCCAUUUCUUCGAACGCCCCCGUCAAGAAAUCCAGCGUUGACCGGCUUGUUGACAGACUUCCGAGCUCUCUGCAAACACUUGCUGUCCAAGACGUUCUCUCCGAUAAUAGUCGUCUGCUGGCGGAACUUUUGAUGGUUGCUCAAGAUCGAAAUUCGUUUCCUCACUUGAAGAGUUUGGAACUCAGGGACAAGCCUCUGGAAGAUUUGUCUGCAUCGGAUGAUGAAACGAUACCGGAUGGGACAACAGUGGGUGGAACAUUGACAUUGGAAAUGUCUUUCGCAAUAGAAGAAGUCGACAAAGAAAUUGAGGGUACGGAUAAGUUGAGGCGGGAAUGUGAGGCGAGAGGCAUCGAUAUGCAAUGGUUCAUGGAAGGUGAAACAGACAACGAAGCAGAGAAUGGGGCAGAUAAUGCAGGACAUUAA